AUGACAUCUUUUGGAGCCAAAGAGGUAAGAGAAGGAAAUUUUAUGCCAACUUUCAAAGUUCAAGGGCAGGUUUAUCACAGAAUAGGCAGCUUGAUGUCUGAACCUAACCAAAAGCCUUCUUUUCUUCAAAUAUACUUUGUUGGUGAUGAAUGUCAUGAAAGAGACAUCCGUUGUGGAAUUUAUCCUGGCGUUUAUCCGGAAUUAGUUCAUCAAUUGCAGAAGUUGUUAUAUCAGCAUAACAAAUAUCUUAAGGAUUUUAAGGCUGCAAUAGAUUCAAUUCCUAAAGAUCAAAAAGACUUCAAAGUAAUAAUUAAUGCUGACAGAAAACCGGCUGGAGAACAUAAGGGCCGUUUUAAUGCUCCUCAGGCAAAAGAAGUUGCAGUUCUCAUUGUCGGACAGGAUUUCGAAAAAAGAGACAUUGUUCUUCACAGUAGAGACAAUAAGUUGAUGCGAAUUAGUGAAACACACCGCUCAUAUGAUGCUUUACAAUAUCCUUUGAUGUUCUGUUAUGGAGAAGAUGGCUAUCACAUCAAUAUAUCUAAGCGUGACGAGACGACUAAACUGCCUCUCGAUAAGACAGUAUCUGCUUCAGAAUUUUACAGCUUUAGGAUUAUGGAGCGUGAGAAUGAAGUGUGCUAUUUAUUGCGAUUCCGCAAUCUUUUAAAUCAAUUUUUAGUUGACAUGUACGCAAAAAUUGAGACUGAAAGACUUAACUAUAUUCGUAACAACCAAAAAAAACUGAGAAGUGAGGAAUACGUUCACUUGAAAGAUGCUUUGUCAAAAAAUGAUGAACAAUUAUCAACAAUGGGAAAAAUGGUUGUGUUGCCUUCUUCUUUUACUGGAGGACCCCGUUACAUGCAUGAGCGAACUCAAGAUGCAAUGACCUAUGUACGUCAUUAUGGACGGCCAGAUUUAUUUAUAACAUUCACCUGCAAUCCUAAGUGGCCGGAAAUAACGCAGCUUUUGAGUGAAGGUCAACAGUCUUAUGAUAGACAUGACAUCGUAGCGAGGGUUUUCAAUGUGAAAGUGAAACAUAUGAUAAAACUUCUUACAGUAGGUCGUAUCUUUGGUGACACAAGGUGUCACAUGUACACCAUAGAAUGGCAAAAACGUGGACUCCCUCAUGUUCAUAUUCUAUUAUGGUUAGAAGAGAAAAUGAGACCAGAGUCUAUUGACCAAAUUAUCUGCGCUGAGUUACCUGAUCCAGACAUAAAUCCAGAUCUUUAUCAAAUUAUCAAGACAACCAUGGUUCACGGUCCAUGUGGAUCUUUCAACUUAAAAUCACCCUGUAUGGUUGAUGGUAAGUGCACACAACAUUUACCAAAGGAAUUUUUAAAAGAAACUCAAACAGGAGAUGACGGAUAUCCCAAGUAUCGUAGACGAUCACCAGCAGACGGAGGAAAAACUUUCAAACUUAACGGAGUUGAAAUCGACAACCGAUGGAUAGUGCCGUACAAUCCCGUUCUAUCCCAUACCUUCGGGACUCAUGUUAAUGUUGAGAGUUGUAACUCCGUAAAAGCCAUAAAAUACAUCUGUAAUUAUUUAAAUAAAGGAUCUGACCAAGCAUCGUUUACCGUUCAGGAUUUUGAUGAGGUGACGAAGUACCAGGCGGGACGUUACAUCAGUAGCUCUGAAGCAGUCUGGCGAAUAUUUCGUUUUCCUAUUCAUGACAGGUUUCCUUCGGUGAUGCAUCUUGCUGUACAUCUUGAAAAUGGUCAAAGAAUUUAUUUUACUGAGCAAGAUGUGAUUGACAAAGUAAUUAAUCCAAAAAAAACAACACUAAUGGCUUUUUUUGAGCUUUGCCAAGUUGAUGACUUUGCAAAAACUCUUUUGUAUGUUGAAGUUCCAGCUUAUUACGUAUGGAAAAAUAACCGCUUUGAUAGAAGAAAAAAAGGUAAGGUUGUUUCAGGUUAUUUAGGAGUCAAGAAAGAUCAAGUUUUAGGUAGAGUUUAUACCGUGCAUCCCGGAAAUACUGAAUGUUAUCACCUGCGUCUUCUCCUACAUGAGAUUCGAGGUCCUACAUCAUUUUCUGCUUUGAAAACUGUUGAUGGAGUGAUUCAUCCAACAUUUCAAGCAGCAUGUAGAGCACUUGGUCUUCUAGAAGAUGACGCUAAUUGGUAUCGCACUCUGGAUGAAGCUUGCAUCUCUGAUUCGCCCUACAAGAUCCGUGAGCUGUUUGCCAUUAUGUUAGUUUUUUGUCAUGUUGACGACCCAUCGAAAUUAUGGGAGAAAUAUCGAGAUUAUUUUUCAGAAGAUAUUAAAAGAGAGGUAGAACGAGACGGUGGAAAUGUUGAGCUGUUACUUGACGUUAUUUACAACAAAUGUCUCAUACUACUUGAAGAUAUUGUUAUAUCAAUGUCUGGAAAAACACUUCUUCAGUUCGGCCUCCACUCUCCAACCCGAGAUGAAAGGUUUAUUGUCACUAAUCGUCAAUAUUUGCGUGAAUUGGCUUACGACACCGUCUAUUUAACUAAAGUUGUAGCUGAAAAUGUUCCUAAAUUAAAUCUAGAACAGAGAAAAGUUUACAAUGAAAUUUUAAAUUCGAUUAUAUCUGAUUCUGGGCAGUUGAGUGAAAAAAACAUCGCUAUAGCCGUUGCUUCUUCAGGAAUUGCUGCGACUUUGAUAGACGGAGGUAAAACAGCUCACUCUGCCUUUAAAUUACCUCUCAAUUUAGGUUAUUCUGAGUCUCCACUUUGUAACAUCUCUAAACAGAGUGAUAUGGCUCAUGUGCUGCGAGAAACAAAAAUUAUUAUCUGGGACGAAUGCACUAUGGCUCACAAAAAUGGUAUUGAAGCUCUAAACAGAUUGCUCAAAGAUAUUAGAGGUUGCGACCGAAUUAUGGGAGGAGUAAUUGUUCUCUUGGCCGGUGAUUUUAGACAAACUUUGCCUGUUGUGCCACGAGGAACACGUGCAGAUGAAGUUAAAGCCUGUAUUAAGUCAUCAAUUUUAUGGCCUUCGGUCAAAGUUUUAUCUUUGACUAUCAAUAUGCGUGUUCAUCUUCAGCCAAAUUCGAAAGCAGAAGAGUUUUCAAAAAUACUGAUUGAUAUAGGUGAUGGCCAAAUUCCGGAAGAAGACGGAAGAAUAAACGUGUCCUAUAUUAAUUGUGAAACUGUCCCAGAUUUAAUCACCUUGACUGACAAAAUAUACCCGAAUAUUGACAAAGCUGGCGAUAAUUGUAGUUCAUGGUUAAAGGAGAGAGCCAUCCUCACACCAACCAAUGAACAAGUCAAUUGUAUUAACAACUUUUGCUGGAGAAACUGCCAACUGAGCAAGUAA